AUUUCUGUCAUAUGACUGAGGCGCCCAUGGGGGUGGCGAGGCGGCUGUAGGAGAGGGGGGCCUAGCGAGCGCCCGGCGGAGCGACCCCGGCCUGGCCGUGGCAAGCAUGGCCCCUACCUUGUUCCAGAAGCUCUUCAGCAAGAGGAGCGGGCUGGGCGCGUCGGGCCGAGACUCCCGGGACCCGGAUUGCGCGUUCAGUUGGCCUUUGUCAGAAUUUGACCCAAACCAAAUCCGACUGAUUGUAUAUCAAGACUGUGAAAGACGAGGGAGAAAUGUUUUGUUUGACUCCAGUGUUAAGAGAAAAAAUGAGGACAUGUCGGUGUCGAAACUCUGUAGUGAUGCCCAAGUUAAAGUCUUUGGGAAAUGCUGCCAGCUGAAACCCGGAGGAGACAGUUCUUCCUCUUUGGAUAGUUCUGUGACUUUGUCUUCUGAUGGAAAAGACCAAUGUCCUAAGUACCAGGGUUCUCGGUGCUCUUCUGAUGCUAACAUGCUCGGGGAGAUGAUGUUUGGCUCGGUAGCAAUGAGCUACAAAGGAUCCACCUUAAAGAUUCAUCAGAUCCGUUCCCCUCCACAGCUGAUGCUCAGUAAGGUUUUUACUGCACGUACUGGUAGCAGUAUCUGUGGAAGCCUAAAUACGCUGCAAGACAGUCUUGAAUUCAUCAAUCAGGACAGUAACACGCUGAAGGCUGAUAAUAACACAGUUAUUAAUGGACUACUAGGAAAUAUUGGUCUUUCACAGUUCUGCAGCCCCAGGCGGGCGUUCUCUGAGCAGGGUCCGCUCCGCCUGAUCAGGAGCGCCUCUUUCUUUGCAGUUCACAGCAACCCAAUGGACAUGCCUGGAAGGGAGCUGAAUGAGGACAGAGACAGUGGCAUAGCUCGCUCUGCCUCUCUAAGCAGCUUGCUUAUCACUCCGUUUCCCUCUCCAAACUCCUCACUUACUCGAAGUUGUGCUAGCAGCUACCAGAGACGUUGGCGCCGCAGCCAAACAACAAGUUUGGAAAAUGGGGUAUUUCCAAGAUGGUCUAUAGAAGAAAGUUUUAAUCUGUCAGAUGAAAGCGGUGGCCCUACCCCAGGAAUUGUGAGGAAAAAGAAGAUUGCAAUUGGGGUAAUCUUUUCAUUGUCCAAAGACGAGGAUGAAAAUACCAAAUUUAAUGAAUUCUUUUUUUCACAUUUUCCUCUCUUUGAAAGCCACAUGAACAAAUUAAAGAGUGCAAUAGAACAGGCUAUGAAAAUGAGCCGCAGAUCAGCUGAUGCCAGUCAAAGGAGUUUGGCAUAUAAUCGAAUAGUUGAUGCCCUAAAUGAAUUCAGAACAACAAUUUGUAAUCUUUACACAAUGCCACGCAUCGGAGAACCUGUGUGGCUCACGAUGAUGUCUGGAACUCCAGAAAAGAACCAGCUUUGCCACCGUUUCAUGAAGGAGUUCACUUUUCUAAUGGAAAACGCUUCUAAAAAUCAAUUCUUGCCAGCUCUUAUUACUGCAGUUCUGACCAAUCAUCUUGCCUGGGUUCCAACAGUCAUGCCAAAUGGACAGCCACCUAUAAAAAUAUUUUUAGAAAAACAUUCCUCUCAGAGUGUGGACAUGUUGGCAAAGACUCAUCCAUAUAACCCACUUUGGGCUCAAUUGGGAGACUUGUAUGGCGCUAUCGGCUCUCCUGUGCGGUUAGCGAGGACUGUGGUAGUCGGCAAACGGCAAGACAUGGUCCAGAGGCUGCUCUAUUUCCUCACUUAUUUUAUAAGAUGUUCUGAACUUCAAGAAACACAUCUUUUAGAAAAUGGAGAAGAUGAAGCUAUUGUUAUGCCAGGCACAGUGAUUACUACCACCUUAGAAAAAGGUGAAAUAGAAGAAUCAGAGUAUGUGCUUAUCACAAUGCAUAGAAACAAAAGUAGUUUACUCUUUAAAGAGUCGGAAGAAGUAAGAACUUCUAACUGCAGCUGUAAAUAUUGCACUCGUCCACAUGUCGGGCACAGUGUGGAGAAUGUUUCACAACACGACAAAGAUAUCCAAAACGGCUCGACAGAGUUGCUGGGAAUUUCAGAUGAAUGCCGAAUGAUUUGUCCUCCUGACUGCCAAGAAGAAAAUGUUGAUGUUAAACAGUGCAGAAAUAAAUUAAGAACUUGCCUUGACACCAAGUUAGAGACAGUUGUUUGCACGGGAUCUGCUCCAGUAAGCAAAUGUGCAUUGUUAGAAGCAGGCUCAGAGCCAACAGAGGAAACAUGGCAGAGUGAGGCAUUGCUGGAUUCAGAUCCAGACAAGGCACUGAGGUCUACAGGAAUGGUUGUGGAGAAAAAACCUCCAGAUAAGGUUGUACCUGAUGCUUGUUCUUGUGAGGCAACCCAAGCAAAGGUGACUUUUCUGAUUGGAGAUUCUAUGUCACCUGAUUCAGAUACUGAACUCAGGAGUCAGGCUGUGGUGGAUCAAAUUACCAGGCACCAUACCAAACCAUUGAAGGAAGAAAGAAGCACUAUUGAUCAACAUCAGGAAAGGAAACCGACAACAAAGGACCAAUCUGGAGAGUCUGAAAGACAGGACCUGGUUUCUGGAAGGCCCCAUGAACUCCCCUGUUGGAGUCAUUCAGAUUCAGAAAACAUGAGCUUAUUUGAUGAAUAUUUUAAUGAUGAUUCAAUUGAAACCAGGACUAUUGAUGAUGUUGCAGAUCAAAGAAAUGCAGACAGUAAAGAACACUGCUGUGUGUUGGAAUUUUCAAAAAUGUUAUGUACAAAAGCCAGCAAACAAAAUAAUGAAUUUUGUAAAUGUGUGGAGUCAGUUCACCAGGAUUCAUGUAAAACCUGCUUUCCUCAGCAGGACCAAAGAGAUACACUCUCCAUUCUUGUCCCCCAUGGGGAUAAAGAGAGUACUGAGAAAAAAAAUGCUGUAGGAACUGAAUGGGACAUUCCAAGAAAUGAAAGUUCAGAUAGCGCCCUUGGGGAUAGUGAAAGUGAAGAUGCAGGCCACGAUCUGAGCAGACCAGUCAGCAGUUAUUAUGCAGGCGAACAAGAAGAUUGGGCAGAGGAGGAUGAGAUACCAUUUCCUGGCUCAAAGUUAGUUGAAGUCAGUGCGGUUCAGCCCAACAUUGCCAACUUCGGGAGGUCCUUGCUGGCUGGUUACUGCUCGUCGUACGUGCCUGACUUCGUUCUCCAAGGAAUUGGGAGUGAUGAAAGGCUCCGACAGUGUCUGUUGUCAGAUUUGUCUCAUGCUGUGCAGCAUCCAGUGUUGGAUGAACCAAUAGCAGAAGCUGUGUGUAUCAUAGCUGAUAUGGAUAAAUGGACUGUACAGGUCGCCAGUAGCCAGAGACGAGUGUCUGAUAAUAAAUUGGGAAAAGAAGUAUUAGUUUCCAGUCUUGUUUCCAACCUGCUUCAUUCCACUCUUCAGCUUUAUAAGCAUAAUUUAUCUCCAAAUUUUUGUGUCAUGCAUCUUGAAGACCGGCUGCAGGAGUUGUACUUCAAGAGCAAAAUGCUGUCUGAGUACCUUCGGGGGCAAAUGCGUGUUCAUGUCAAGGAGCUGGGAGUUGUGCUCGGGAUUGAAUCCAGUGACCUUCCUCUUCUGGCUGCUGUAGCAAGCACUCAUUCUCCUUAUGUUGCUCAGAUACUCCUUUAACUUGACUUAAGGUUAACUUUGGAGGAAAAUUAAGUAAAAAAGGAGGAAGCAGACACAAAAUGUACUUGUGUAGAUUUGUUCCUGUUACACUUCCGUCUGAAUGAGCAGUUGUCUGGGUAUCCAGUCUUGCAUUUCCUAUCUGUAUACAUUGGAUUUUUUUUUUUUUCUUUUUAAUGGGACUUGUGGGCGCUGGUAGAUUUUUAACUUAGUGAAACUAAAGUAGCAUAAAUAAUUUUGGGAUAAAGCACUUGAAACAACCAAAGUGUAAGAGAAAUUUCUACAAUUUCCUAUGAUGACUGUGAUGUACAUCAAGCUCAUCAAUGCCAACAGAUGUCUCAUGAUUUAAAUGGCUCAGAAAUUUUCAUUGGUUUUCUCUUUUCUUUAUUUCUAAGGUACAGAAAUCUAUAAAACCUUGAUUAUUUAUUUUGUUUUAUAAUUCAACACAGUUAAUUUCAGGUUGUUUAACAACCUAUUAAUUAUAACAAACUAAGAAUAAUAUAGUGUAAAUGUGUGUGUUGCCCAACAAAGUGUACAUAUGUACCUAUUUUUUUUUUAAAGUGUGAAAUAGAAACACAAGAUUGGUAAAACAAGCCUUUUUUAAAAAAAAUAUUUGCAGUUAUUAUUGUAAGUAAUGUUGAAAUGUUACUACUAUCUGGUAAUUUUUCUGUUUCACACACUCUACAAAUCAAGCCAAUCUUUUAUAAGGCUAUAGUAUUUAGAUUCCCAAAAUAAUGCAACUUUAUACUGUUUGUUUAUGACCUAAUUCUUAUCAAUUCAUAUUCCCUAAUUUAAUAAGUGGAAAUUAGGGUUAAAAAUUGCUCCACAGCAUUGGAAAACAUAAUGCCGUUUUCUUUCAGAAGUGCUCAGGUAGCUGAGGCCUUUGCUUUCAGUAUCAGCCCUUCUUGAACCCACAGGAGCCAGACAUUUGUUUCAGUGCUUAAUAACAUUCAGUUUACACUAACGGAACUCCUGAAACUCAUAAUUAUUUUUGUUAAGAGCUCCAGUCUUCCAGAAGCUGGUUUCUUUCCUAGAUUUCUGCUUUGCAGUUGUUGUCUUUGUAUGUGCUAUAGAGCACUGCUUGUAAGAAAGGCGAACACGGAACCAAACUCGUCUAAGUAAUGUAAAUAGAAGGAUGGGUAGGUAUGGUUUUCAAUAUGCUCUACUACCUCAGUUCACUUGAAUACUAUAUUGUAGUUUGUUCUUUGCUUGUCUGAUCUAAGAUAUUCUUAAUUGCUAGAAGUAAAGUUGGUAUCUCCUUUCAUUAAAUAUUUUCAUAGUUGAUGAACUAAAGAAAAUACAUUUGUUGUAUAACACAUCCAUUCUGGCUAUUUAAAUUUUUUGUAAUGAAUGGACAUUUUCUGUGAUUUCUUUAGUCUUUGACCUUGAAUUUAUAGCAUUGGAUUACAUUUUUGCUUUGUUUUUAUGUGUUCAAGAGAUCUCCAAGUACACAAAGAAGGGGUUAUUUUAAUGGAAUGUAACCUAGAAAUCAGUGUGCCUGCCAGUCUUUAUGUUCCAUUUCCUAUUAUGUUGUCCUUAAUUAGUACCUGAGUCUCCCAUGGAUGACUUGUAGCCAAAGAGUGUUUAUGGAUAAUUUUUUCUUUGGCUUAAUUUAAUUAUUUCAUUCAUUACCAGAAUUCUUCUGUCACCUGUUUUUGGAAUUCUGUAAAUUUCUUUGGCAGAAUUCAGGAUAUAGAAAAAUCUGUAUGUCCAUUAAAAUUUUUUUUGAUUGUAGCUCAGUAUAAUAUGUAGCAGCUAGAUAAUUUCUAUUUCUGGGUAUUUUCUUAACCAUCAAACUAUUUUCAGUCUGUUUGAAAUAUCUAAUAACAUUACUGUUUAGGAAUUCUAAAUUCAUCUUGUCUUGAAUAAGUAGAUGGCUCAUGUUAUUGUUACUUUAAAAAUAAGCUUUGCUGGGAAGGAAAAGGUAUUUAAUUUCUUCCAGAAUCAAUCCUUAUAGGAUUCCUGAGUUUUAUAAUUCCUAAUCCUUCUGUAAUUUCUGGUACCUUCCUCAUAGUCAUUUGUCCUUACACAAAGCCCAAGGAGUAAGCUGCUGCGUCGUUAAGGUCUAUAAUCAUUCUGAUGAGUGUGAAAAGAAUUUUGGCACAUACGAAAUAAUUUUUUCAACUUCUUAUGGUACAGACAGGUAUGUGUUACAUAUCAAAAAAAUCCUGUUUGUUGUAACAGGAAAUGAAAAAGGGAUCUUUUACAUCAUAGAAUGAAAACUAAUUUUUCCUUGUAUAUAAACUAAUUGGUUUGAUUUUAAAUCUUCCUAACAUUAAUUAAUGUGUCUUAAUUUUGAAUUUGAAAAUGUUAAGUGCAAUAAACAUACUAGUACAGAUUUCAUUUUGUUGCAGUUGGCAUACAUUGGGGAUAAUUACUAAAAAAAAACCAACCCAGAUUUUACAUAAUGCCUACUUUUGGUAUAUAUCUUAUGAGAAUGUUCUGCUUUCUCUAAGUUAUUUUAGAUGAUGGAUAUAUAAAAUGUACAUAUUUGUUCCUUGUUCUGAAUACAUUUCUCAAAUGUACACCUGUAUUAUAAUAAUCUCCCAGUUGUGGGGGAAAUUUGUGCAAUAAAUAUACUUGUCAAUUU